GCUCGUUGUAAUUCUCAUUCUUCUGAGGUGGAUCAUCAGAGCCGCGGGGCUGACUCAUGCCCGACUGAGUUAAAACUGCUGGAGCAUCCAGGAACACAAAGAGUCUGCUGUUAGACUCUGAACACUUCGCACACUGUAAAAUACCAGCUGUGGAUGAAAAGUGGACAAUGGGGCUCUCAGGGCUUCUGUUGCUGCUGGUGCUCAGCCUCAGAGCUGCAGUAUGUGCCCCGGUGGAAUGGACAGAGUUAAAUGAAGCCAAGACGUAUUUAAAGAAGUAUGGCUAUUUAAAUGAUCCAGCUGAUCCACAGGACCUUUCCUACCUAGAGGAGGUCAUUGAAGCACUGAGAGUCUUCCAGAGGGUGAAUGAUCUCCCUCCCACUGGAAAGUUAGAUGAAGCCACCCUGGGUGUGAUGAGACAGCCCCGCUGCGGCCUGGAGGAUCCAUUUAAUAAGAAAUUCUUCAAGUAUAAAGUUAUGGGUCGCUGGAGGAAAAAGACUCUCACCUACCGGAUCUACAAUUACACACCUGACAUGUUGAAGUCGGAGGUCAAAGCAGCGAUCCGUUCUGCCUUUAAGUACUGGAGUGAUGUGGCAGACCUGACAUUCCGAGAGGUUGACUACAGCAGAGCCGACAUAAGGAUCUCGUUUCAUAAGAAAGACAGCUUUUGCUCUGUCCCAUUUGAUGGCCGGGGUCACGUACUUGCUCACGCAGAGUCACCAGAAUCUGGUAUUGUCCAUUUCGACGAGGAUGAAUUCUGGACAGAGGGAUCAUAUUAUGGCACUAAUCUGCGUAUUGUAGCAGCCCAUGAAAUAGGACAUGCUCUUGGUCUGGGUCAUUCCCAGUUCAGGAGUGCCCUGAUGGCACCAGUUUACACUGGUUACCGUGUCAACUUCAGGCUACAUUCAGAUGAUGUCAAAGGCAUUCAGGCACUAUACGGCAAGCCUGUCAGCACCACAACAGCCAUAACGUCCUCUCUGGACAGCUUGUUUCCCACUGAAAGCAGCUCUGGACCUGCAAUAAUUCCAGAUCCUUGCACUGCGGACUUGGAUGCCAUCAUGUUAGGUCCUUGGGACAAAACAUUUGCCUUUAGUGGGGAUUAUGUGUGGACUAUCUCUGAUAUGGGCCACAACACUCCGAUAAAGAUCAGCAGACUAUGGAGGGAACUCCCUGGAAACUUGAACGCAGCUGUCCACUCGCAAAGAACAAACAAGACAUACUUUUUUAAAGGUAGUAAAGUAUGGAGGUACACAAGGUUCAUGCUUGACUACGGCUACCCCAAACAGGUCACACGGAUCCCUUCUAACAUUGACGCAGCCUUAUACCUCCAGAUUAACAAGAAGCUCGUGUUCAUAAAGGGAUCAGAGCACUGGCAGUUCGAUGAGUUGAAAUACAGUUCAACUUUCUACCCUAAACCCCUAAGCAUGCUCAUCAGCGGGGCGCCCUCCUCUCCUGAUGCCGCCUUCACCUGGACCAACGGCAAGAUCUUCUUCUUCAAGGGAGACGAGUACUGGAGAGUGAACAAGCUGCUGAAAGUAGACAGAGGAUAUCCGCUGAGCAAGAAGGAGAGAUGGAUGAGAUGUUAGGGACUAACCACCAGGAGGCAGCAGGGGCCGAAGGAAGGGAUUCUGGCUCCUAUCAGAGGGCAUUGAAAUAAACCUCAGUAUUAGAAUUAAAUUGUAAAUUUGAGAUAAAAAAUGAACGAACUUGUUUAAUUUCACUGGAUUUUAUUACCUUUCAGCUCCUUUAGGUUUCUCUUUGUAAAGCUGAGUCUCUGCUGGCCGAUGAAUUGUGUAAACUUCAGUAUAAUUUUGGAGAGAAAUCAAGGCCAUCUGUUUUUCUUUUCACAUAUGUGUUGAAUUAUAUGUUGCAACACUUUAAGUAAGAUGUAAUGUACUAGCAGGAGUGUAAACUUUCUGUUUACUCUUUCUUGCAUGUUGUAAAUGUCCAUAAAUAGCAAAAAUGUAAGAUUUUGUAAAAUAAAGACAUUGUCUUGUGAACAAUA